AUGUCUGCAGUCUUAGCUGCCGGAGGUCGGAAGUCUGCACUGAAACAAGCGCCUCUGGUGGAACCCAUGCCAGAUCUGGCCCAAGUGGCAGAUGCUGCUGCCAAGCUGACUGAACUGCUUGAUAAGGUUCUCGCCUAUGUGGAAGAUGUGUUGCGUGGGGCUCAGCCUGGCAGUCGUCCACCGGAUAACGCCAUUGGCCGUGCACUUCUGGAUAUGGUCAACUCCGUUCCUCGGAUGACACCUGAAGAGUUUGAGGAAAUGUUCCAUUCCAAUGUCAAGGAUUUGUUAAUGGUGAUAACAUUAGCACAGUUAACGAAGACGCAGCUGCAGCUGAAUGAGAAGCUGACUCUCAUAACGACACUAUGA